CUUGUUUCCUUCUAUAUAAUGAGCUUCAUCUCUUUCGUUUCUUCCUACAUUCCCCCCCGAACCUCACAGCUUCUACUCCGUCUCGGGAGAGUUGGUUUCGGGUUGGAUUUUGAAUUGUCCUUUCACCAUGAGGAAUCCUCCUCUCUUUGGGAGGACACCCUUGUUAUGCUUUUUCUUGAUAUCCUUUGUUUUUGCUGCAACAUCGUGCUAUGCCGUCGAGGUUAUCGGCAUAAGCAAAUGUACCGAUUGCCACGAGAGGAACAUAAAAACUAACCAUGCCUUAUCGGGACUCAAAGUAGCCAUAGAUUGUAAAUCAAGUGAUGGGCAAUUCAAAACAAGAGGAAUUGGUGAGAUGAAUGAAGAAGGAAAGUUCAAUGUGUUGCUGUCUAAUGCCAUUGUGGAAGAUGGAAUGCUUAAGGAAGAAUGCUAUGCGCAGGUUUAUAGUGCAUCAGCCGCCCCUUGCCGCCCUGCCCAUGAUGGCCUCCAGCGCCCCACGGUGGCUGUGGUGCCCAAAUCAGCUGGGAAGCAGCAGACCUUUGGGCUGACUGGUGAGCUCAUGUUUUCAUCAGCGACGUGUGCAUCGGCUUUCUUUUGGCCCUUCCACAAGCACCCUAAUCACUUUCCUUUGCCACUCCCUCUUGCACCUAAGUUUCACCACCAUUUCUUCCCUCCAUUGCCUCCUAAAGCGUUUCCUCCCGUGCCUAUCUAUGAAAAGCCGACUCCACCGUCUAUCCCGGUUUAUGUAAACCCUCUUCCUCCACCGGUUCCGGUCUAUGGAAAACCCUUUCCACCGGUUGUUCCUGUUUAUGUCAAGCCUCUUCCUCCACCCGCACCGGUCUAUGAAAAGCCACUUCCACCACCUGUUCCUGUUUAUGAAAAGCCACUUCCUCCACCGACGCCGGUCUAUGAAAAACCACUUCCACCACCGGUUCCCAUAUAUAAAAAUUCUCCUCCUCCGCCGGUUCCCAUUUACCAUAAACCUAAGCCUCCAUCAGUGCCAGUAUACAAGAAGCCACAUCCACCGCCGGUUCCCAUUUACCAUAAACCUAAGCCUCCACCAGUGCCAGUAUACAAGAAGCCACAUCCACCACCGGUUCCCAUUUACAAGAAACCUAAACCUCCACCAGUGCCAGUAUACAAAAAACCCCUUCCUCCACCGGUUCCCAUCUACCAUAAACCCAAGCCUCCGCCGGUUCCCAUCUACCAUAAACCCAAGCCACCGCCGGUUCCCAUCUACCAUAAACCCAAGCCUCCGCCGGUUCCCAUCUACCAUAAACCCAAGCCACCGCCGGUUCCCAUCUACCAUAAACCCAAGCCUCCGCCGGUUCCCAUCUACCAUAAACCCAAGCCUCCGCCGGUUCCCAUCUACCAUAAACCCAAGCCUCCGCCGGUUCCCAUCUACCAUAAACCCAAGCCUCGGCCAGCGCCGGUAUACAAUAACCCUCUUCCACCGCCCGUCCCUAUUUAUGAAAAGCCCCUUCCGCCACCGGUUCCUGUCUAUGAAAAACCCCUUCCGCCACCGGUUCCUGUCUAUGAAAAACCCCUUCCGCCACCGGUUCCUGUCUAUGAAAAACCCCUUCCACCACCGGUUCCUGUCUAUGAAAAACCCCUUCCACCACCGGUUCCAAUAUAUGUGAACCCACUCCCACCGCAUAAUCCAUUUUUUAAGCCAAAACAUCCCUUGUUCAAGCAUCAUCUGCCUCCCAUUCCAGAGAUGCCCCAUCAUCCAUUUUUGAAGAAGCCAUGGCCACCUAUCCCUCACUUCCCUCCGGCUCCCAUGUUCCCACCCUAAAAUCCACCCUCUGCUUCUCAGUCUUGCUUUUCGUAAUAAGCAAUGAACAUGGUAAUGUGCAGUGGAAGUUUAGUAACUUUCAGCUGCUGCUAAUAAAAGCUUCGAUUUCUGGCAUUACCAUCGAAUCCAAUCGAAUCAGAAGGAACAGAUAGAAGCAGGAUUGAACAGUUUUUUAUUUUGUUUUUAUAUUUGAAGUUAAGAUCUGUGUGAAUUGUUCAUGGCUGUUGUUUCACGAUUCAGAUCGUGAUUCUGUAAAUGCCUAUGAACAAUUUUUCGUUUACAAAAAUUGCAUUCUUGUUUGUU